AUGGCGGACGAAGUUGUCGACGUGCCUGAGGCGAGUCUGCGCAACCUGGUGGCGCAGAAGUCGCUGCAGUGGAUCUUUGUAGGCGGCAAGGGCGGCGUGGGUAAGACCACCACGUCCUGCUGCCUGUCUAUUCAGUUGGCGGCGCAACGAGAGAAGGUUCUCAUCGUGUCCACGGACCCUGCGCACAACCUCAGUGAUGCAUUCGGCCAGAAGUUCACGCGCGAGCCGACACCAGUCAACGGCUUCUCCAAUCUUGCAGUUAUGGAGAUCGACCCCAACGUCGACCUUGAAGAAAUGAACGGCGAUGGCGUGCAGGACAACUCUGGUAUGGCUUCGUUCAUGAAGGACUUGACCAAUUCCAUCCCCGGUAUCGAUGAAGCGAUGAGUUUCGCUGAGCUCAUGAAGCAGGUGCAGAACAUGGAUUACUCUGUCAUUGUAUUCGACACGGCCCCCACAGGCCACACGCUGCGUCUGCUGAGUUUCCCCACGGCGCUAGACAAGGCGUUUGACAAGAUUCUGUCGCUUAAGAACCAGUUCUCGGGGAUGUUCUCGCAAGUGUCGGCACUCUUGGGCGGCGCGCUGCCCUCGCAGGAAAUGCUGCUGGGCAAACUGGAACAGACGCGUGAGGUCAUUCAGAAGGUGAACGCGCAGUUCAAGGACCCAGAACGCACCACGUUCGUGUGCGUGUGCAUCCCUGAGUUCCUGUCGCUGUAUGAGACCGAGCGACUCGUACAGGAGCUCACCAAGUACGAGAUCGACGUGCACAACGUCGUAGUGAACCAGGUACUGUACCCAGAGGAGGGAUCAACGUGCAAGAGCUGCAACGCUCGCCAGAAGAUGCAGCAGAAGUACAUUGACCAGAUCUACGACCUGUACGAGGACUUCCAUGUGGUGGAGAUGCCGCUGCUGACCGAGGAGGUGCGUGGCGUGCCGGCGCUCAAGACUUUCUCCGAAAACCUGCUGGCACCGUAUGAGCAUGUCUACACUAGCAUUUAG